AAAAAAAAAAUACCUUCCUUUGCCUUGAAUCACGUGGCACCUGACGAUCGGAAGCAUGAAGGUGAGAGCAAUCAGAAAAAAGUAGGCACGCUCACAAAGUGAAAAGGACCUUCCCCCGUUCUUUUCUUGAACGGUACUUCACUCCGUUCGCUGUCUUGAGUCUUCACAGUAAACCCUGCAAACCGGAGAGGGUUUUUCUUUUCUCUCCCUUUUGCUCUCAAUAAAAACGCUAAUAAGACCUUUCACAUUGUUCGGGAAAAUGGCUUGGGAUUUAAUGUUCUGGAUUCUCUGUUUCUUUAUCAAAAUUGCUCUCGUCUCUUCAUCCUUUUAUCAGUUGUUGUCGUUGUCGGAUCUUGAGUCUGAUCAUCUGAAUCCUUUCGAAGCAUCGACUCGGAUUAAUUCGGUUGUUAUCCCGGAGUUUCUUCUGCAAGGAUUUCUCUGCGCUCUUUUCCUGCUGACGUGGCAUUGGUUCAUGUUUCUCUUGGCUGUUCCCCUCACUGUUUUUCAUCUGAUGUUGUACUUGAAUCGAAAGCAUCUGCUUGAUGUCACUGAGAUUUUCAGAGAUCUUAACAACGAGAAGAAAUAUAGAUUUGUCAAGCUGGGCAUUUACUUAUUGCUCUUCACUUUAGUUUUGUUCAGACUUCUUUCCGCAGGCAUAUUCUUUUUCUUCACUUCCAAGUUGGAAGAAUUAGACAUUCGAUCCUCUCUUUUCUACUAGUAUUUUAGGAACCUUUGGGCUUAUAAUUUCUGCUUUCAACUCUUUACACGAUGAAGUUGACGAGCAUGUAUUUUGAUUACUGGGCAGUAUGGUAGGUGGUAUUUGCAAGUUUGUCAUCCAUAUUUCUGAUCCAUAUAGAAAGUGAACCUUAACUAACAGGCAUAGAUGUAUUAAAACUUGGAUUUAAUUAGUUUACUGAAUGUUUUUCCACUUGGGUGGUCAUAUCCUUCAUCUGUUAUGGCUGAUUCAUAGAUGUGGGAGGUUCUGUAGACUGUUUAAAUUUUGAAGAAUGAAGGGAAAGGAUUAUUAUUUUCCGUAAGUAGUGAUUAAAUCAAAUGCUUUUUUAGUUGCCAUGUAAAAUUUCAUAUGAAUUCACUAAGGUAACUUUUUUCUCUUUAUGAACUUAUUAUACCAAUUGAUGAUCAAUUUAAAUUUUUUUAUGUUAUGCACAUGUUUAUUUUAUGAUGGUGUCUCAGUCAUCAAGUACUGUUUUUCUUUUCUUUUAUGCUUUGAAAUGGAUAUUUUGCUGCAAUUGUAA